AUGGAUGCUAAUUACACCAUUCUUCGAAAUCUCGAAGAACACCUCAAUGUUUCGGGUGCAGACGCUUUUGAAAAGCUCGCCGCGAUUCCUCAGUACCUUCUCGAGGACCAACUGAUCCUUGCCUCCGCUCAUCUUUUCGUCAAGAAUAUCGCCUCCAUCUACAUGAGAUGGCUUUUCUUACAGCCGCUUUCUGACGUAGAAGGGCACCAAGUCGUGGGAUCAUUUGCCCCGUUCAUGAAAGUCCGAGGGUUAGGUGUAAAUGAGGUUCUCGAAAUGUGGAAGCAAGAGAGCAAGUCAGCUCUGAAAUUCGCACGUGGGGACUCGGAACGCGAAACACGAAUGAGGAUGAGGAUAAACAGACUGCGACGAGAGAUUGAGUCCGAAUACUUCAAGUGGCACAAUGCUGCGAACCAGGGCCCAGAAGCUUCUUCUCCUAGACGUCCUGGCAAUUUAGCAUUGCAGAAUUGGCCGACGAAACAUAUAGCGUUCGAGUCCAUCGAGAUCUCCGAGCCGUUGGAUCAGACCAAAAGUCGGGAGUCAAGGUGUCACACCUCGAGAACGAUACGACGGAAGCUGGAAGGUCUGAUGUCAAAGGGUCUUCGUCGCAUGAAGAAAUACAACGGUGGCGAAGACCCCGAGAGAGAACAGCCAGAGACAGGGGACGACUCGGUCGCAGAGUCAUCAGCGAAACUCCCAAAGGAAGUUAUCGACCUUGUAACUCCAACACCUUCUGAAUCGUAG